AGUCCUCCUCGCGGCCCGAGCACGGCCCGCCGAGCACUGCCCGCCUGGGCGACGGCGGCACCCUCGCGCGCUCGGGCCGCCCGCGCGUCCGUCCUCGGGCGGCGGCCGCCGCGCGGCCGUGCCGUGCCGCCGCCCCGGUUGCCGCCGAGCUUCUCGCGCUGAGUUGGCUUGCGGCGCAGCUACAUCGAAGCAUUCGAUGGGCUUCUCGGUGAGAGGAAGCACCGCCUCGACCGAGGACGCCGAGAAGGCGUCAUUCCAGCAGUGCGCCGUGACGAACUGCGCGAAACUCGCGGAGAAGUACGUGGGCCUCAGGUCAGCGACUGAUGUUGCCGCCAAGUUCGGCCAAGUUGUCGGACAGAGGCCGAACGACUCCGUAAGGUAUGGGGCAAUGACGUCAGGCGACAAGGUCGGCCUCGAGAAGGACAGCGCCGCCAGCGAGCUGCUGGAGUGCGAGAAGCGUUGCGCCCGAAGGCACUGGCCAUCUGCUGAGACGAAGCCCUGGAUAGGAGAGGUUGUGCUGCAGAUAGUUAACACCGCGCCCGACAUGCACAAGGAGCAGGGCAAGCUGGGCCGCUUUUUCUGACGUGGUGCCGAUCGCCUGCUGGGUGCCAGCGAGAUUGC